AUGGAGUUUGCCGAGUCCUCCUGCGGCGCGAGGUGCACAUGGAACAUCUGGCCGGCAUCGAGGAUCGAGUGCUCGAGGUUGGUGGUGCCUCCUGCGGUGUUCUUGAAUCCCUUGAAAUCGAUUCCGGAUCUGGUUUCGAUCCCAUACGAGCCCGUUCGCUGCAAGCUGUGCUCGGCGGUGCUGAACCCCUACUGCCAGGUGGACUACAGAGGGAAAAUUUGGGCAUGUUGCUUCUGCCAAAGUCGCAAUCAGCUGCCUCAAGCGUACCACAGGGUGACGGAGACGAACCUGCCCGCCGAGCUGUUCCCACAGUACACCACUGUCGAGUAUGCACCGCCAUCGUCAACGUCCCUGCGGCCGUCGCUGGUGUUCCUGAUCGACACCUGCCUGCGAGAUCAGGAGCUGCAGGACAUGAAGCGCACCGUCGAGCGGGCCAUGGCGCUGCUCCCCGACGAUGCGCUUGUGGCCAUCAUCGCGUUCAACAGCAUGGUCGAGGUACACGAGCUCGGCUACACGGCGUGUGCGAAGGCCUACGUGCUGCCUGGUUGGAAAGCAGCCUCCAGUCACGACCUGCAGCGCAUGCUCUUCCUGGGCCUCGAAGCAGCACGGGCGGGCAUCGCCAACAUGCCCUCCUCAGGAGUCGGGCGGUUCCUGCUUCCAGUCGCUGACUGCGACCUCGCGGUGGAGUCGGUGCUGAGCCGCAUCUCGAGCAUGCCUGACCCUCCGCACGGGCAUCGAGCGAAGCGUUGCACAGGCGCGGCUCUCGCCGCGGCCGUCGGGCUCCUCGAGUCAAGCACCCCGGGCACCGGGUCCCGCAUCCUCCUGUUCACGAGCGGGCCGUGCACCGUGGGCCCUGGCAAGACCGUUGGGGAGACGCUGGACGAGCCCAUCAGGACCCAUCAAGACGUGGAGAAGGGGAACGCGCCGUGGUACAAGAAGGGCUGCAAGUUCUACGAGGGCCUGGCGGAGCGGAUGGUGGACUUCGGGAUAUCCCUGGAUGUGUUUGCGGCAUCGCUUGAUCAAGUGGGCCUUGCGGAAAUGCGCCUGUGCGCCAUGGCCACCGGGGGACACAUAGUCCUGGCGGAGGAGUACAAGCAUGACGCGAUGCGCAUCUCGCUCGAGAGGCUGAUCCAGCGCGACCCUGCCACGGGGCUGCUGAGCCAGGGCUACAAUGGCACGCUCGAGGUGUUCUGUCCCCGCGAGGUCAAGAUCUGCGGGGCGAGCGGGUGUGCUUCGCUCGGGAAGAUCUCGUCAUCUGUGUCGGACAACGUGAUGGGGACAGGCGGGACGUGCCAGUGGCGCCUCUGCAGCGCGGACCCCAGUCUGGCACUGUGCGUGUACUUCGAGGUGGCCGCGCAGCACAACAGUGGGGCGGUGCAGCCUGGCUCGCCGCUGCCCCUGCAGUUCGUGCUGCGGUACCGGCACGCGUCGAACCAGGAGCGCGUCCGGGUGGUGACCAUGGCGCGCUCCUGGGCGGACCCGGGUUCUUCGGAGAUCGUCCGCAGCUUCGACCAGGAGGCGGCGGCGGUGGCCAUGGCGCGCCUGGCGGUCAUGAAGGCCGAGGGCGGGGAGCACGAGCACGACGUGCAGCGCUGGCUGGACCGCGCCCUGAUCCGUCUGGCCUCGAAGUUCGGCCAGUACGAGCCGGGGAGGCCCGGCACGUUUGCGCUCCCCAACGAGAUGAAGCUGUUCCCGCAGUUCAUGUUCCACCUGCGGCGGUCCCAGUUCCUCCAGUGCGCGAACAACACGCCGGACGAGACGUGCUUCUACCGCUGCGCCCUGCUGCGGCACGGGGUGGAGCAGUCCAUGGUGAUGAUCCAGCCCACCCUGCUCACCUACUCCUUCUCGGGACCCCCCGCGCCCGCGCUCCUCGACGCGGCCGCCAUCCGCCCCGACAGCAUCCUGCUGCUGGACACGUGGUUCAAGGUGGUCAUCCACUACGGGUCCACCAUCGCCGCCUGGCGCAAGGCAGGCUACGCCGACAUGCCUGAGCACGAGGCGUUCCGGCAGCUGCUGGCGGCGCCGCUCGAGGACGCCCGUGUCGCCCUUGACGAGCGCCGGGUGCCACCCCCGAGCCUCGUCGAGUGCGACCAGGGCGGCUCACAGGCGCGGUUCUUGCUCGCAAAGCUCAACCCCUCCCAGGGGGUUGACGGGUACGGCGAGGUUAUAUACACGGACGACGUGUCGCUGCAAGUCUUCCUCGAAUCUCUAGCAAAGAUGGUUACGCAAUAG